GUUCGGUUAGUUUAGAUUCGUCCGCCAAAGUGAUCGCAAGUGAAAACGCAGUUUUCCACAGCCGCGACGACGAGCCGGUUUCUGUUCUCAGUCGGUGCACAGAGAUAGGGAAAAUCGUCUUUGAGAUUGGUGUGCAUGAGUUUAUUUCUUGUUAUUUUUUUGUUUUUUUGGGAGAUUUCCCACGCCGAGAUAUUCGGGGUGCUUGAUUUCGCGACAUUGUGUCCCGUGAAGAAUUGGCCUCAGUCGACAGUGAACCACGACGUGUGUGAGAAGGUUGCCUAGCAGUUCGGUUCCCCGUGAUUGUUGGCGUGAUUCUUAUCGAGCAACCGUUCGACCGACCGAUCAUCAUCAUCAUCGUCAUCAUCGAUCAUCGGGUAGGAAAAUUUUGACCGGCGGGUGGAAUAGUGAGGCGCUCAAGAAGUGCGCGCGCGGUGAAAAGUUUCGCACGCGGAGGUGUGUGGCUAGUGAUCUGUAGGUAGAAAAUUGUCGUAAGCCGUGGUGUGUUUGAACGUGAUCGCAGUUUUGUGGUCCAACGCCCACCAAAACUUUGACGACCCUCGGUGCGUCGAGCAUUCUGCUAUCGGACCACUCCCCCUACUUGCCCUUGUUCCCUCUGUCUGAUCCCACGCAUCGCUGAGGGGGGGUUUUGCGAUGGAACCCGACGACCAAUUUCGUCAUUAUAUAAGUUUUUAUGACACAGUACUCAACCAUUUCUGAACAGCAACGACACGGUUGAACGGGCGGCAGCAGCAGCAGCAAAAAAAAUAAACUUCCAACCGUUUGUCCAAAUCGCAGCACCGGUAGCCGCAGGAGGAGGUAAAACACUAACCAGAUGUGUGAAAUUGUGGCCAACUGGACCGGCUAGAGUGGAGCUUGUGCAAAAGUGAAAAUUUUACCGUAUCAAAAAUCUCCGAAAUAAAAUCCGUCAUUUCGAAAAAGUGCUUCUCGGGAGUGAAAAGAUAAUUUUGCACCCAAUUGUUGGGAAAAAGUGCUGAAGGCGACGACUGCGGCAAGGAAAAGUCGCCCAAAAGUAACCGUGAAAUGAGUCAGCCAGUCAGUUAGUCAGUCAGUCAGUCAGCGAGCAAGUGAGUGAGUGAGUGAGGGCUGGCUGUCUCCGAGACAGUUUUCCCUCUAUGAAGAGUACACAAAUUAUAAAUCUUGCAAGUCUUGAAUAAUCGUAAGUCGGACACGACGACGACGACGACGACAACUGCGACGACGACUGCGACGGGGGUAACGACGACGACGACGACGAAGACGACGACGGUAGCGGCUUCGAGCAGGCAAUCUCUAUCGGGAUCAGACACAUUUCGAGCUGAAUUUGUGGAAAAGCCGAAAGCGGCUGGGGGUGCAGUUGUGUUUGUGGCGGUAGGCUGGUAGUCGUGGCAAAGAAGCGAAAUAAAUCGGGGAUACCCAUCGUCAUCGCCGUCAGAGUCGUCAUUAGAAGAAUCAUUGUUUGGUGGCGGGGGCGGUUGUGGUGGCGGUGUUGGUAGUGGUGUUGAUGCUGCUGACGGUGCCGCCACUGGGACGGGAACUGGGGCGGUAGUGCAGAACCAGAAUCACCAGAACGGCACUGUGCAAAUCCGCAGCGCAGCGGCCUACCGACGACUAGACAGUGUAUGUGUGCUGCGUGAAAAACUGACAAACGUGUGGAAAACUUGAUCCAAACGGCCGAUUCAUCCCAAAAGGUGGAGGUGCUCCCAGGCGGCUUUGAAUGUGCCCGGCGCGACUGCCGAUUUGACAGUUGAACCAUAAAUCAUAUUUCGCGAGGAGACUGGUUUGCAAAUUGAUAACUUCGAUUUGUUAAGUGAAAACAGAUCAGUGAUGUUUAGUGUUUUUAAGAAUACAUAUAUAAAUUGAAGUAGAAGUGCUACGUCUCAGAUUAUUUCUUAAAACGUGUGUUUGACCAAAAACAAUGCAAAGUGAUUGUUUCUUACAUGUAUUUGAUAAUGUAUCAUACACACGACAUAAGUUUGUAACAGUCCAGAUGCAGUGAAUGACAAGGAAAAUUAGAGGUUUCUCCAAUUGAUCUGUUCAUUGCUUUUAUCCACCACGUUUCGAGGCACGUUCCGUGCUCGGAAGAAACAUGAGGAAAGUACUGGACAUGCGUCAGUAUCGAUCAACGAAAAAAUUCAAACUAAUAUUGAAGAUUCGAACCAACCGCUACCGCGAGGCACCUUAGAGGAGACCGUUUCGCGUAUCGUAUGAAGGAUCCAUUCUCCGGUAGUCUCUACUAUUCGCCUUUCCGUUUGGCUGGCAGCACCAGUCAAUACGUACCGCACCGUUUUGCCGUCUGAAAGGUUGGGCCCCGUUCCUGUAGAAGCGGUUGGUGCUUAGGACCUAGGCAACAACCCAAACAAUCGAACACCGGACGCCAUGUACUUGCGCAAAUGGAGUCCCAUUAAAUAUUUAAUGUACUUAUGGCUAGCAAUUCUCGUGUGGAUAUUUUGUCGGUGUGAGAGUGCCGCCACGAUGCACUUACCCCCGACCUCGUCGUACGCCAGUAGCAGUAGUGUAACUACUGUUAACAGUAGUAAUAGUAGUAGCAGCAACAGCAACAGCAGCAGCAGCAGCAGUAGUAGUAGUAUUAGUGGUAGCAUAAAUAGUAUAUCCGAGUUGCAUGCCAGCGGACAUCGCAACCGGGAGGUGGCUGCGAGUUCGAGAGGUGAUACUAGCGACUUAGUGGACUCCACGAGUCCGUACCAGUGGCAGCCACCGCGAUGGCCAUUCACACCGGAAUCGACCACUCAGCGGCAGCAAACCACUUUACGACACUUUACCAAAUCCAUUAGCAAAACUGCCAGCAGCAGCGGCGAUCGUCGAUGGACGCCUGUUCAAGUGGCGGACCUCUCGAGCUAUCGACCAAUUAAUUACGCUAAUCGUGUGCUUGUAGAAAAUGCUAAUAAACAGCUGAUAAAUCCCACGUACUUGAAAGAACAGCAACAACAACAACAGCAGCAGCAACUGCCGAAACUGCCAGCUAGCCUAAGUCAAACCAACACGAACCAAGAUAGUCCCAAUAUAAAUAUUAAUAAUAAUAACAACAACAACAACAACAGCAACAACAGAAGCAGUAGUAGUAUUAAUAGCAUCGGUAGUAGCCGAAACAUCAGCAGUACUACUAGUAUUAGCCUUGAUAGCGUCUCCCUAGCUGAGGAACGGCUACAGCUCCAAUGGAAGCUACGAAUGAACCAAAAACGGGCUCGUCGGCUUGCACACCGUAAGAAACUGAGGUGGACAACUCCUGACGCCUUAAUCCUGGCAAAUCGCAACCGACGAGAUUCGGCCCGUCUCACGUUGGCAUCUUUCGUGGGCUCUUUCAAUAGUCACCAGGCGCCGAGACGACCUGGCCCGGGAGCUGGAGGACUCGGAGGCGGUGGACCAGCUCGUCGCUACUGCUCGGCUCGAGAUCCGGCGACGCUGGCCUUCGAGGCACCGAUCGUGUUCGAGGGUAAGGUGAAAUCAAUGAGCAGCGAUCGAAGGGCCAACUUUUCCGUUACCUUCGAAAUAGUGGCAGUCCACAAGAAGCACACCCGGUUUUACCUGCCGAACAAUGUGAGACUUCAAUUCACCUACCGAAACUUUAGUGAGUGCGACAUCUACCGUGAAAUGUACCGCGAACGGGGUAUUGUGCGCGAAGAACUCGAACAGGGUAAAGUGUACUUUCUGUUCGUGAAGCAACUUGAUCUGGGCAAUUUCUCCAUCCUCGGGCAGCCGAUUCGGAAGACCAGACGCACCACCAACGGGGUGCUGGAGGGGGUUAGUGAAACAUAUGGUAAACCACCGGCGAUCUAUUCCAUCACGCCGAACGUGACGCGGCAGGAAGGUAAACGGGUGCGUCUGGUGUGCAAAGUGCGGGGGCAACCGCCACCAAAGGUGACGUGGUUCAAGGACAGACGUUCCAUCAAUCGGAACGUAACGAAAUAUGCUCAAGUACACCUCAAAAAACGAUCCGAGCUCAUCAUUCAUUCUGUGAUCCCCAGUGAUUCUGGAGAGUACGAGUGCAGAGCUAAAAAUAAAUACGCCAAGAUUUCCAACUCGACGCACGUUAAUAUAACGGCCAAACAUUCGAGCACCAAGAAACCAAAAACGACACACUCGACGGAACCUCCGUACAAUCCGCGACCCUGCCGGGGGCCAGGAGCAGAACACUUCUGCCUGAACGGUGGCACCUGCAUUCACUUCGAGGAUCUCCAAGAGUGGGCAUGCACAUGUCCCAAGGGUUUCUCGGGCAACAAGUGCGAGAACAAAGACAUCGAUUACCAUCCCACAACGUCCAGUAAGCACCAGGACUGCUCUUACGGUUACGGAUAUGGAGCUUCCAGACGAUCAACCCCCUUUUGUGUGCGAACUUUCCAGUCAAAGUUAAUUGCGGAUCGAACUCACCGACCAAGCCAUCCCUUAGUUUAAGGUCAUCCCGAGUGUGCGGAUUUUCUGCUGAUGGACUCACCGGUAGCCAUGCCGGUCAUGCCACCACUUUACGAUUACGACGACGAUAGCGACAUUUAAGUCCGACAUGUGAUAUAUCUGCUUCCUUGGGUAGUCAUCCGGAGUCAGAAGAUGAAGCAGAUAAAACAUACUGAACAACAACAACACAUUUGAAUCAAUGCGAUUACGAACCGAAAUAUUGAUGUAAGCUUAAACAGCAACAUUAGCAGUUGCAGAAAAAAAAUCAUGAUCUAUGUACUUUCAAUUAAAUUCCAUUCGAUUUAAGUAACUCUGUGUAUAAUAUAGUUCAAUUUCAAUCUCACUCAUCUAUACGCAAGUUAAACAAAAAACUGGUUUUAAAUUGAGCGAUAAACAAAAUGUUGAAAAUACCAAAGAUGUAAAUAUCACUGUAGUAGUUGUAAUAAAUUAUUGACUAAAAAUAAAGCUAGUGUAACAUUACUGUUGAA